AUGCACGGAAUAAGCCACCUAUUGUCCCAUCAUCAUCACGGCACCGACAAUGGCGGCGGCAGCGGCGGCGGCGACACCAGAAGCACCAUCUCCUCCUCCUCCGCGUCGUCGGACAUCCGGAAUCAGGACACGAGGUUCCUGCACGAGCUGUUGAACCAGAAACAGCAACAGCAACACGACAACAGCAGGCUCUUUUUGCACGAGCGACUGUCCCGCGGCUCCGUCAGCUCCGCGUAUUCUUACGGCUCUUCGUCUUACGGCUCCUCGUCCUACAGCUCGAACUCGUCCAAUCAUCAGCAGACCGUGUACCACACGGUCCACGGCAACAUUCAUCAUCAUCCCCUGCAUCACCAUCAUCAUCACUACCACCAGAUCCAUCAUCGGGCGGCGAGCACCGGUAAAGCGUCACCAACCUCGCCCAGCCCGACCAAUGAGCACGAGAAGCAGCAGCAACAGCAGCACCAUCAUCAUCACAGCAUACAGGAGAUGAUACGACAUUUCGGCAGGCGGCUGGGACACAUCAGGCGCCAGAGCGAGAGCCACGAGAGCCCGAAGAAACGCGCGGAGGACUUCAGGAACAGGAGCCAGAGUCUGGACGGCGGUGCCAGGCAUCAUCCCAUCGGUGGUCUGCAAGAGUCCGAUUGCGAGACCACCUACAGGAUCUACGAGAGCAUACUCAGGCAAGGCGCGCACAGAAGAAGUUCAUUGGAUCCUACGGCACGGAGAUUAUCCCUCGGGACACCCGCGAUACCUCACCGAGCAUCCGACGCUUGCCUGGAUCCGGUUCACGCUGCCAUACUCUUCAGGGAUGCGCGAGGGCUGCCGGUGGUGGAUCCCUUCCUGGAGAAAGUCUCACUGUCCGAUCUUGAGGAGGACGAGUCGCAGAUCUUCGUCAAGUUCUUCAAGUUUCACAAAUGCUACGACCUAAUACCGACCAGCGCCAAGCUGGUCGUCUUUGACACUCAUCUACUCGUUAAAAAGGCCUUCUUCGCUCUCGUCUAUAAUGGGGUGAGGGCCGCGCCGUUGUGGGACAGUUCUCGGCAACAGUUUGUUGGCAUGCUGACUAUAACGGAUUUCAUAAAGAUACUGCAGAUGUAUUAUACCAGUCCGUUGGUGACAAUGGACGAGUUAGAAGAGCACGAACUAGAUACGUGGAGAAAAGUCCUGAAGGAUCAAGUCAACCCUCUUGUAAGCAUCGGGCCGGAUGCGUCGCUGUACGAGGCUAUCAGGACCUUAAUACAAAACAGAAUCCACCGAUUGCCUGUGAUAGAUCUCGAUACCGGAAACGUCCUUUAUAUCUUGACGCAUAAGCGAAUACUUAGGUUUCUUUUCCUAUAUAUUCACGAGUUACCGAAACCAUCUUUCACCAACAAAACGCUGAGAGAGUUGAGGAUAGGCACUUUUGAGAAUAUAGAAACAGCUACGGAGGAAACUAGCAUAAUUUUAGCGCUGAAAAAAUUCGUGGAAAGGAGAGUGUCGGCAUUGCCGAUUGUCGACUCCGAGGGAAAGUUAGUGAACAUCUAUUCAAAGUUUGAUGUCAUUAACUUGGCGGCGGAAAAAACAUACAAUAAUCUAGACGUUUCACUGCGCGAAGCAAAUGAACACCGCAAUGAAUGGUUCGAAGGCGUUCAGAGUUGCAAAUUAGAUGAGACAUUGUUCACUAUAAUGGAAAGGAUUGUCAGAGCGGAGGUUCAUAGGCUAGUAGUGAUCGACGAUGAUGAUAAAGUGAUCGGUAUAAUAUCCCUAUCCGAUCUGCUCUUCUACCUCGUUCUUAGGCCUUGUGGUGAGGAUGGCAGUAGCAAUAAAGGUAGUUCUAUAUCGUUGCGAGCACAAGAUUCUCUGCUGUCGAAGGCUCCCAGCUCCGCGCAAUCGGAAACGUCGCUCGCCGACGGCGAAACCGAGCAGGACGCCGCGGAGGCGACGGAUCGCAAUCAGUCCGAGGAAGCGCCGGCGACACCUAGUCCACCGCUAAGCCCAGUAACGUCGGACAUCUCGGAACCUCAGUCGACGCUAGUGAAUCAGACUCAAGAGGCGACGUGGCGGGACGUGAUAAACAUUUGUGUCUCGGGCGUCUCGGGCGGGGAAUGAGACGUCGCCGUUUUCACGUGCCGCCACGCACGGAUUAGAACUUCGAACUGAAUUGACGUCGCUUUUAAUCGCAGCGGCGAACGAAUAACGACUGCAUAUUUGUACAUCCUUUGUUGUUAUCGCUUGCGGUUCUUCGCGAGUACGCAAGUUGAUCGGUGGCACGCGCCACGGAAGAGGGGAGGGCAGGGGAGAUACACGAGAUGCCCGUUUUUAUCGGAGAAGUUAGACGUGGCGCGAUAGCGUAACAGAGGAAUUCGCUGAACGCGACGUUAUGAUAUAACAAACACGAUGCUCUGUAUAGUGUAUAAAAUCACUUAAGCUUAAUUUUUUAUGGUACAAAUGCUACACAGACAUGCUACACAUUAGACGUUCGAGCUUUUCGCCAAGGACCGUAGGUAGCUGCGCCAUUAUUUGCUCAGAAUUGCGAUUCUCCGCGCCCUUCUACAAUCGAGCAAUGGGAAAGAAAGGAUGAAUUUCGAAAGAACCGAGUUUUAGAGGUACGACAAAGUCUUGGAGGUAAAGAAGUCGCAACUUAAUCAUGAUUAUAUUAUUCUUUGUGCGAAUUGUGUUAUUCACCCUUCGUGAAAUGGAGAACGUAGAUAUUCGUUUUGAUCUUGUGUAUAAAUUAGGAUAUAUGAGGUUAAAAAAAAAAUAGUUGUCGAGUAUUCCGCGAUCGACAAAAACGAACGCCUGUCCUCGUACGCGUGAGGCCUUUCACAUUUUUUUUUCUAAACGCAUGAUAUGUCACCGAUCUAAUUAAACGUCUCUUUGAGAUUUUACAUACUCGUUUGUGAAAACCGCUUUUUUUUUCUUUUAUUUCUACCGGAAAGAUGCAUUAGAGAUACCUAAUCUUAAUUACUGAUCUUGCAUAAUAAGUAGAUCCAUUUUAACACCACUCUAUACGUGAAUGGACAUGGUGCUUUUAAGUUUUAUGUAGAAAUGACAUCGUCGAGUAUAUCAACCUGUAUAUUGUUAACACGUAUUGUUAAAGCACAAAUUAUUUCGGAUUAUAUCUGUAACACCCGAAGGAUUGCCUCUCUUCUGUCCUCUUUUUGAUAUAUCAUUUUCAAUGUAUCGUCAGAGUCACGCAAAUGUCGAAGAGUAAAGCGACUGCUCUGUACAAAAAGCUUCUUCAACCUUUUUGGCUUUUAUACUAAAAGAUCAUAACAUUCACAAAACUCUCUCUUGAAACAAUAAGACAGGAUCGCAUUCCCCAUACUAAAGUAAUUUACUAAAAUAAUUUUCUAUUACGAUACGACUAUAGUUUUUCGUGAAUAUUUACGAGAGACACACACACAAAAUUCUUCUACAUUUGUGUCCGUAAAUAACAAGUUAAAAUUGAAAGAAUCGAAGUGAUAUACUCGAUUAUUAAGAUUAUUCGGUAAAUCGGAUAAAAAUACUCGAGUUUUAAUGUGAUAUCUGACCAAAUUCUUAAUUCUAUACAUUGUAUAAUUCUCACUGACGAUACGCGGACUGAUAUAGCAUCCAUUGAUACCGAAAUAAGAUUUUAUAAUUGUAUCGCGAACCGUCUCAAGAGAAUACUGAUGACUUAUUGAACAAAAAUACUUCGAGCGAUUAAUUGCUUUAUCCACGGUACGUAUGACAUUGAUUUUACUUUCAUUGGCAAGUACGUCGAGUUCUCUGUGUGUAGAGAUAGCAAGCGAAACUGCGUAUUAUUGUAUAAAUCCAAUUGCAAUUAUUACUCGCGUCGUAUUGUGAAGGUAACGCAAAUUAUAAUAUGAUGGAGUUUUGAGGGAAUUUGUAUAGCAUCGUUUUACACUAAAAAGGAAGUUCCUUUUAAUGGAUCGAAACAUUCCUGUAAAAUUACGACUCGAGAUAUUUUUCCAAAGCGAUUCCACGUAAUCAAGUUGUUGAGGAUGAGUAUCAACCAGAAAAGUUUUACUUAGAGUUACGUAAAUUGGCUUUCAGUUGGAGUAUAAAUUCGAAAACGUUUGACGCGCAGAUCUUAACUCUUUUCCUUUCACGUAGAAACGCAGGUGACGGUAAUUACUCGAUUUUGAAGGGAAUAGUGCCUGUAAAUGUAGCAAAUGUAUUCCUAGAUACGUUCAUUGGAAUACGCGUAUAUAAAUAUACUAUCUGAGAUGUAAGCGCAGUCGGGAUAAGACAAAGCUAAACAUUUAGUAUUAAUUAACGGGAGGCGUAGUGUGGACGAAGAUUUUUGUACAGCUGAAAAGUAAUAUUUAAUGUGCUGUAGGCGCGCGAACGCGUUGUUUCUUUUCUUUUUAGUACAAAAUGCGUUGCGAUCGUUGCGAGUUGCCACGUUCCACUCUCUUCUACUUAAAGAUACUAAAGAUUACGCUGUAACAUACCGCAGCGUGUACCGCGCACUUGGCUUCGACAUAACUUGUUACUUGUUGAGAGCACAGUAGAGAUUGUCGAAGAAUUAUAUUUAGCUUCUCUCUUCGUUCUACAUAGUAUUAGAGAGACGAGUUUGAGAGGGGAGGUGAGCGAUUGAAUUCUGUGCGCGCUGAAUCCAAGAACCAAAAUACAAGCUCUAUCGAGAUGCGGUAUUAAAUGAUAAAUAAACUGUACAAUAAAUAAUAUAAAUGCAUAUGCAUUACGCGUAGUCAUAACAGAGCGCCGUUAGCGUACUACCCCUAUUACCCCUUCACCUUUGUUGUCCCUUUUUCAAUAUUUAAAACGAGAGAACAGCUUGUCGAGUAAAAAAAAUUAUACUAUGA